AUGGGGAGAACUCAUGUGGACUCCCCAGUUAGUGAUAUUCCUACACCUUUCAACAUUGAGCGAGAGCUGCUUCCUACAGUAAUUUCGGAACCAUCGUCCAAAACAUCUAGUAUAUCUUCAACUACUAGCACUUUGGACCAUGAUUCUUUAAAGGAGAACUGCCCACAAUAUACUCCACAAAACGUCAGAUACCAGCACUACCCAGUUCCGAAGGUUAGAUGCUUAUCGUUCCCAUACCAAACACUUCCCUCCUGUGGGUCGAUAGUGUAUUUGUAUACUUGGUCUCUCCCAAGGAAUGACAUAAUAACUCAGCUAUGUUCACUUGCCACAACAUGUUUUCGAGACACAAACACAACUAUCGGACUUUUGUUUUCUAAACAAAUAUCCAAAAAAGACUACGUUUGUCGAAUUCCUAUCUACCUAACUCGCGGUAUGGCUCGUUCACGUGUUCGAUUAACAGGGAAACUUACACUAAAUACGAAAGAAUUAGAGUGUGUCGAAUCAGCUCAUCAUGUUAUAGCCGAAUUAAUUACAAAUAUUGCUCAUAUGUCUCAUGUUGGUUAUAAACCAUCAGAUCCUCUUCUCCGUGCUCAUUUCGAUAAACAAAACUCUCCAACGAAUAUCCCCGAAUCUCUCCGCGUCGUACUUUUUGAUCGAUUUGGUGACUUAUCAUUCAAUCCCGAGAAAGCAAAUAUCCUGUCAUUGGUGACGCUGAUUAGACUACCAGAUUAUACUAUCGAUUAUGAAGCACUCAACGCACUUCUAGAGUGGUCUGUUUGCCGAGAUACUGGAAUUUCAACAGCUGAUGAUAAUUUGUCCACGCAUGUUAAACCUGUACAUGGUAUUGUGCCUAAAUGGCGAAUUCGAUUGAGUCAAAUACCUGAAGACAGUUGGGUUGGUUUGGUCGUCAAACCUAAUCACUUACCGGAUAGUGAUCCUGGUAUGUUUUCUAUCUCAAAAGUUAGUUCGGAAACUGCUUCAAGUCCUCUUCCGGAAACCCUUGCCUCCAAACUUGGUGAUGUUCAAAAUGUCAAAGGCGCUUCUUCUCUAACUUAUUCCGACUACUAUAGAAUUAAAUAUCAACAGAUGAGAAACAUAUCUUUCACAAUAAAUCCAUCACUACCGUUGUUUGAAUGUCUGAGAAUAACACGUCAUCAAAAUUCGACUCAAGUUAGUGCGGGUCUAAGGAAAAAUAAAGCAUCUAUCAAACCAUCAGUGUUCCUAUCUGAUGCUUGUUUAGUGCAUCCAUUGUCAUCAUGGAUUUGGUUCCAAGUUUCUUUGAUACCAACAAUUCUCUACCAAAUGUCACGAGCGUUACUAGCCUCACAACUGUUCACAGAGUUGAAUUAUGAACUGAAAAGUCCUCAACCAUUCUCUCAAAUUAGAAUAAAUUCAUUAACUCUAAGCAAUGAUUCACUUUCUCAUACAACCAUACUUGUCCCUGAUCGUUUAAGUGUUCCUGUUUUUUUGAAUGGUGAACCAAUGGAAAAAAAUAUCUUUGAUUUUGAAGUGGAUGAAACAACUUCAGAAAUAGAUAAACAAUUGGAUAAUAAAGCCUAUAGUGAAAGUUUAGAGAAAUCUACAAUUUGCCCUCACCCUAAUAAUCUAAUUGAACCAACUACAUUACUCGGAGCUCGAGAUGCAGUAGAUCUUGAACGUUUAGAAUUUUAUGGCGAUUCAUUCCUGCAUUUUAUAUCUACAUUAUGUGUUUAUGGCACCAAUCCACAAGAUGCUGACGAAGGGUGUUUAAGUUCCAAAAGAGGUUCACUUGUAUCGAAUGCUCAUCUCUGCGAUAUUGCUUGCGACUUGAAAUGGUAUGAAUAUUGUACCGGUCAAACAUUUUCGCCACCAGAACACUUUUUACCCCCAUGCUACUCUGUUGCGUCCGAGGCUUGUAAAUAUGAUCCACGUCUGUAUACUCGUUUAACAGAUAAAUCUUUGGCAGAUAUGAUUGAAGCACUUAUAGGAUGUUUCUUACUACGUUCAGGACUAUCUGCUGCAUUUAAUUUACUUCAUUAUUUUCAAAUAUGUCCAUUACAAGAAAAACUAGGUUAUGGUUUUAAAAAAAUUGAAUUGCUUGCGGAAGCUGUGACUCAUCAGUCAUCAUCUAAUAGACAAUAUUGGGGGAAUUAUCAAAGGUUAGAAUUUCUUGGCGAUUCCAUUUUGGGCCAUAUUAUCAGCAACUACCUGUUUCAAAAAUGUCCUCACUCAUCCCCAGGUGCACUGACCACCGCACGAUCUACUGUUGUCAGUAAUAUUAAUUUAGCUAAUGUUGUUGUUGAGCAUGAAAUCCACCCGUUCAUCGAUUUUGGGAAUUGCAGUCAGAAAGCAUGCAUUGAUGAUAUAAAAAGUAUUCAUCGUCAAACCGAUUCACAUUUUGAACGUAUUGAGUUAAUUACAAAGAAGGUUUCUUCGGGGCUCAAUAUCAAGGUAUUGGCUGAUGUGUUUGAAUCGAUUCUCGGUGCAAUUUUUGUAGACAGUAAUGGUAAUCAUCAAGUCGUUUCUUCUAUUAUUCAUCGAUUCUUGGGUAAAACGAUGAGUUCUCUCAUUACUAAUUUACCUGUUCAAACAGUUCAACAAGUGGAUUUACCAUAUCCUGAAAUACGAUAUAACAACUCAACUACUAUAUCACCAACGUUACAUGAAGAUGUUCAUAAUUCGGUCUUAUCGAUUAAAGGUGAAAUACCAGACGGGUUAGAAAAUGAAAUGCGCUGUUUAAAUAAACUUGAUGUGAUCUCGAUACUAAGUAUGACUGAAAACGUGAGCGAAAGUUGUAUCUUCUUUAAAAAGCGUAGUCGAAAAAAUAUACGACAAAAAGAGGGUUCUUCUAGUGAAGAUGAAGCAGUUAUAAAAACUCAGAAAAGACGUCAAAUUAAUAAUAUGCUGUAUCAACAGACUUCAAAGUUUAGUGGUAACAAAAACUGCUCAUCUGAUGAUGAUUCUGAUAAGUUUGAUAACAGCACUCCUAAUACCGUCACUUAUAAGGCUUCUCAUUCUAAGGAAUCUAGGAUAACAAAAGAGCAUAUUGCAACUGCUACUGUGGAGAUCGAUACCGAUGUGAACUGUGAUGCACAAGCUAUCUUUGAAAAGGCUCAAAAAUUAAACCAGGAAUCUCAUAAUCGUAAUAUAUAUAAGGGACUUAACAAUUAUGCUCAGUACAUUGAGAAGAAAGACACUGUUAUGGGCAAUGCAUCUAGUGGCUUCAACCGUAAAGGUCCUAUGCGAGCGCCAGCCAAUUUAAGAGCUACUGUAAGAUGGGAUUAUCAACCGGAUAUUUGUAAAGACUACAAAGAAACAGGAUUUUGUAGUUUUGGGGAUAGCUGCAAGUUUCUGCAUGACAGAUCAGACUAUAAACAUGGUUGGCAAAUAGAACAAGAAUUAGCCGAGGGAGUGUAUGGAAUUGAUGGUGAAGAUAAUCGUUACGAGAUAUCGCACAACUCUUCUGAAGACGAAGGCUUUGAAGAUAUUCCAUUAUUUUGCAUGAUUUGUCGCAAAGACUAUAAAGACCCAGUUGUAACCAUAUGUAAACAUUACUUUUGUAGUGAUUGUGCUCUUCAGCGAUAUAAAAAAACUGCACGGUGCUACGCAUGCACUACAGAUACCAAAGGCUUUUUCAAAUUUGCCAAGAAUCUAUUGUCUCGUAUUACUAUACUGCGUGAAAAAAAGAAGAAGCAUUCUGAAUUAAGCGAAAGUGAUCAUGAAGAUCAACAUCAUUCUUGUCCGCAUUCUCCUGUUCAGUGUAAAGGAGAACAAAGUGAUAAAGGUGACUUUCUUAACAAAAGUGUGGAGACUGGUUGGGUUCCAACCAAUAAAGUCCAACUUCCAAAAUCAUCAGAGCCGAAUUGGGCCAAACCCGAAGCACCAGAAUAUUGCGAUUCCGAUGAAGAAAGCGAUUAA